UCGCAAGUUCAAGGUCCAAACGCCUCUGGUAGUAAAAGUCCUGCGGAAAACAGCAUCUGUUUUAUCUUACAGCGAGAGUGAUCUGCCAGUGAUCUAUAGUUUCCUUCUCGCCACCUUCACAAACACAAUGGAGCGAGUGGAAGCGAAAAACGUAACUGUUUCACAGGGUGUUCGCAUGCUGUUCAGUCUGAUUACGCCAAAUGAAUCGUCAUUCGAGACGCUGGAAGAGGUGCCGACGUACGUCAACCAGGCCACACCAUAUUUCGUUGGUUUGAUUUUGUUGGAGAUGGUGUUAGGAUGGUUAAAGACGGACCGCCCUCGCAUUAAGAUCAACGACUUCAUUACGUCUUUGCAAGCCGGGAUGAUGUCACGUCUCCCUCAGCUCGUGAUGAGAAGUCUGGAGCUGUCAUCUUACAUUUACGUCUGGAACAACUUCCGUAUAUUGGAGCUUCCCUGGGAUUCGGCUUGGACGUGGUGGCUUGCGUUUUUUGGUGUCGACAUGGGAUACUACUGGUUUCAUCGAUUCGUCCAUGAGUUAAACGUCUUGUGGGCCGCACAUCAGGUGCAUCACAGCUCUGAAUACUACAAUCUGUCCACAGCACUACGCCAGUCUGUCACCCAGCAGUUCUCUUCGUGGGUGUUUUACCUUCCACUGGCCCUGGUGGUCCCUCCAUCUGUAUUUGCGGUGCACGUACAAUUGAAUCUCCUCUAUCAGUUCUGGAUUCAUACUGAGCUGGUCAAAAAUCUCGGCCCUCUGGAGUGGAUUCUAAAUACUCCGAGCCACCAUAGAGUUCACCAUGGGCGAAACCCAUAUUGUAUUGAUAAGAAUUAUGCAGGAAUACUGAUCAUAUGGGACAGGAUGUUUGGUACGUUUGCUCCAGAGAGUGAAAAAGUGAUCUAUGGGCUCACACACCCAAUCAACACAUUUGAAGUCUGGACGGUCGAGUUUCUUAAUUAUCCGUACCUGUGGCAGAGGUUCUGGGAAGCUGAUGGAAUUUCAAACAAGCUGUCCGUCAUUUUUAAAGGCCCAGGCUGGACUCCAGGAAAACCGAGACUCGGAGACAUUGCAGAUAUUCCCGAGAUUACAGGUGAGGAAAAGCCCUAUGAUCCAUAUAUGUCUCCUGUGAUGCAAGUCUACGUGUCCCUACACUUCUUACUUCUGCUGGGCGUGUAUGACAACCUGUUGACGAAUCAAGCGAUAUUCUCAGAAAUGUCUGUACUUCUGAUGACAACCUACGUAUUACUUUCUCUGACGUCCCUUGGCUUCCUCAUAGACCAGAGGGCUAAUGCAGCUAUGUGGGAGAUGCUGAGGUGUUUUCUUUUGAUGGCACUUUAUCGGUUUGGUUACAUUAAACAUCAAGAGCUCUUGGCUUUUCCAAUUGAGGUCUUUGUCCUAAUCUCUGCAAUCUACUGGACUCCACAGAGUGUGAACCAGCAAAUUAACAAAUUGAAGAAACAAAACUAAAGAAAAUAAAAAGCAACACUUCUGUGAAAACUCUCAGAUUUUAAAACACACUGACUUUUGUGAAAGAGCAAAAACAUUGUUAAGACCAAAUGAAGAGUUUGGUUCCAAAAUGAGAUAACUCUGAAAUUGUUCAAAAAUCUGUUUUUUUUAUUAUAUAAUCGUGUUUUAAUUGUUUUAGUUAGCUGUAUUUGCUCAGUUAUUGUGUCUUAAACCAAAUUAUAAAACAGUCAAUUCUGGUCCUUAAUCCUAAUUGGCUGAGCAGAGUUAUAAGACUUACUUAUAAAAUACCCCAAUUUAUAACAGCUGACCGCAUUACAUAUAAUUUUAUUUACUUUAUUUUAUGAAACCAACUGCAGUUUGACUGAUAUUAAUCGGAAUGCACAAUAAAAAAAAGUUAUUUUAAUUUGGUACUAAACUCUUCAUAUAUGACUUCAUGUUCAGAACUGAGCUAAACCUUAAUCACAUCAUGCAUGGAUUAAAUAUAGAAGGUACUUAGUAAUAUCAACUGUAAUUGCUUGCAUAGUGUAGUGUUAUUUCAUUCAUAUAUGAACGUAACAGUAUUUUGAAGUAUUAUGUGUAAGAUUCAUCUUAUCAUACAGAAACUACCUGACUAGGCCUAUACCUGUGACAAAAUAGAGAAUUUGUUAUGUAAUUUUAAUGUCAUGUAAUCUUCUAUAGAUUUUAAAUAGAUUUUAAUGUUUUUUAAAAUGGUACUUGACAACUUGUACAGGCUAAAUAAACAAAUAGAGUCUGCUUAGUGUU